UGGAAGGGAAUGGUCAGCUCUUGGUUGAAAGGAAGAUACCAGCACAGAGGUAGGUCGGAGACGAACUCCGUGUAUAUAAAACUCCACUGAGCAGUGUGGGGGACUGUGUGGAAGGACAGGACGCCUGCAAGGACGAUGGAGCGCAGAGGACUAGUCCUGAAGCUACUGCAAAGCCUCUGGUUCCUUCUUUUGCCACGGCUGUUCCGGCCGGUUCUUGCCGAAGUUCACUACCACGAGUGGCUUGUUGCCGCUACUCCAUGCACCAGACUGUGUGAGACUAAGGAGAUAAUAACGGUCAAUGGACAGUUCCCAGGACCAACUCUGUUCGUGAACAAGGGCGACACCGUCAUCAUCAACGCCUACAACCAAGCCAACUACUCUCUCACCAUUCACUGGCAUGGCUUGAAGCAGCCCAGGAACCCGUGGUCAGACGGGACAGAGUAUAUCACCAUGUGUGGUGUUCCACCGGGAAAGAACUUCACCUACACUCUUCUCUUCACAACCGAGGAAGGCACCAUCUGGUAUCACGCUCACAGUGACUGGACUCGCGCCACAGUUCACGGAGCCAUAGUCAUCUACCCAAGGAUGGGAACCACUUAUCCCUUCCCAAAGCCAGACAAGGAAUAUGUUGUUGUUUUAGGUGAAUGGUGGAAAAGUGAUGUGAUGAAUGUGUUGGUAGAAGCGUUGAUUGGUGGCACUGAUUUCAACAUAUCAGAUGCUUACACAAUAAAUGGCCAACCAGGUGACUUUUAUGCAUGCUCCCAAUCAAACACAACACGGUUCGUUGUUGAGCAUGGCAAAACAUAUCUUCUUCGUGUUGUCAAUGCUGUAAUGAGCUUGGCACAGUUCUUCGGCAUAGCCAAUCACACACUCACAGUUGUUGGUAGAGAUGGAGCCUACCUUAAACCGUUUGAUAGAGAAUUUGUCCUGGUAAACAUAGCGCAGACAGUAGAUAUCCUUGUAACAGCAAACCAAUCGCAAGGUCUCUAUUAUAUGGCUGCCAGCCCUUACUCCACUGCACCAAAGAAAGCAAACUAUGAUGCCACAAAAACAACAGCCAUAGUUGAAUAUAAUGGCAAUAACUCCUCUCAGGCUUCACCAAUAUCCUUCCCAUAUCUUCCAUACUACAAUGACACAACUGCAGCAUAUGAAUAUGAACUGAACCUGAGAAGCCUAGCAUCAAAAGAACAUCCCAUUGAUGUCCCAAUGGAGAUCGACACUAGAUUAGCCUUCACAAUGUCCAUGAAUGAACUUGAUUGCAACACUAGUGCCUGCAUAUUGGACUACAAGCUGGCUGCAAGUUUGAACAACAUUUCUUUUGUCAAUCCACAUAUCGACAUACUCGAGGCCUACUAUCAAAGCAUCAAGGGUGUUUACACGACUGAUUUUCCAAGUUUCCCGCCGUAUAUGUUCAACUUUACGGCCGAUGUUCUUCCGGAUGAUCUCCUACUUCCUACAUUUGGGACGAGGGUGAAGGUGCUGAAGUAUAAUUCAUCGGUGGAGCUUGUUUUGCAGACGACCAACUUAAUGUUAGGGGAUUAUCACCCCAUUCAUUUGCAUGGUUAUCAUUUCUAUGUGGUUGGACAAGGCCAUGGGAACUUUGAUCCAGAGAAAGACCCACUUGAGUACAACUUGGUUGAUCCUCCAGAGGAAAAUACGGUUGGAGUCCCAUACAGUGGGUGGUCAGCUUUAAGAUUCAGAGCAGAUAAUCCAGGUGUAUGGUUGCUUCAUUGUCACUUGGAACGCCAUUUCUCGUGGGGGAUGACCACAGUGUUCAUAGUAAUGGAUGGUGAAACAGAUGAAGCCCGUCUUCUACCUCCACCGACAGGCAUGCCCAAGUGCUCAGAUGCGGGGCUCAUGACCAAGCCCUUUGAUCAACCUGACCAGCAUGAAGGGGACGUGAUAUCUGAAUGAUUACUGCCAGUUGUGUCAAGAUUUUGAAAAGCUCAGAUGCAGUAGCAGAUGUUGUUGGGUUGGAUUCUCCAAGAUUUGCAUGAUUCCUUUAUAGGAGGAACUGGAAUAUGAUCAGUUCCCUAAGCAAUAAAUGUAUGAAGUUGAAAGGA